GCACUUGGACUCCUCCGGUCCUUAAGGCCUCCUCCCCGCCCACCGCCCCGCCCCUACCGUCCGGGCGGGGCUGGGCCGAAAGUCCAGCUGCAGCUGGCUGGAGAGUCAGUGACUUCCUUAUUGUGUGCCCGGACCGGCAGUGUCCCAACUCGUUCUUAUUCCGACUGCUGGCCCAAGUAUAGGUCGGAGCCGCAACCCUACCCCAUCAGAAACCUUUUCAGCACAGGUCCUCUCCCCGCACUCCUUGUGCUCCCUAACAUGCCCAACCCCAGCAUCACCUCUUCUCCCUACCCUCUCCCUGAGGAAAUUAGGAACCUGUUGGCAGAUGUUGAAACAUUUGUAGCAGACAUACUGAGAGGGGAAAAUUUAUCCAAGAAAGCAAAGGAAAAGAGAGAAUUUCUUAUUAAGAAGAUAAAAGAUGUAAAGUCUAUCUACCUUCAGGAAUUUCAAGGCAAAGGUGAUGUAGAAGAUGGGGAGGAGUAUGAUGAUCCUUUUGCUGGAGCUUCAGACACCAUUUCAUUAGCUUCAGAAUGCUACGAUAAAGAUGAUGAAGCUCCCUCUGAUGGACAGUUUCCUCCAAUUCCAGCACAGGACCUUCCUUUUGUUCUCAAGGCUGGCUAUCUAGAGAAACGCAGAAAAGAUCACAGUUUUCUGGGAUUUGAAUGGCAGAAACGAUGGUGUGCUCUCAGUAAAACAGUGUUCUAUUAUUAUGGAAGUGAUAAAGACAAACAACAGAAAGGUGAAUUUGCGAUAGAUGGCUACAAUGUCAGAAUGAAUAACACCCUGAGGAAGGAUGGGAAGAAAGACUGCUGUUUUGAAAUUUCUGCUCCUGAUAAACGUGUCUAUCAGUUUACAGCAGCUUCUCCCAAAGAUGCCGAGGAAUGGGUACAGCAGCUGAACUUUGUAUUACAAGACAUGGAAUCUGAUAUUAUUCCUGAGGAUGAUGAUGAGAGGGGAGAAUUAUAUGAUGAUGUUGAUCAUCCUCUACCUGUAGGCAGUGCACCAAUAAGAAGUCAACCCAUAGAUGAUGAAAUUUAUGAAGAGCUUCCAGAAGAGGAAGAGGACAGUACUGUGGUGAAAAUGGAAGAACAAAGGAAGAUGGGUCAGGACAGUGUCCACCACACCUUAGGAGAUAAAAGCACCGAUUAUGCUAAUUUUUACCAAGGUUUAUGGGAUUGUACAGGAACUGUUUCUGAUGAGUUGUCCUUUAAGCGCGGUGAUGUGAUUUACAUUCUUAGCAAGGAAUACAAUAGAUAUGGCUGGUGGGUAGGAGAAAUGAAGGGAGCCAUUGGCUUGGUGCCUAAAGCCUACAUAAUGGAGAUGUAUGAUAUUUGAGAGUCCUGGCAGAGAAAGUCAACAUUUCAAGUGAAGAAAAAAAAUAAAAAUGCAACUUUCCCUUUCUGGCUGCAGAAAAGGAAGAUUCUACUGCUUGUCUGCAAAUGCUUUGGAUUUGGAAGCAUCAUGAAAGCAUGAGUGACAGCUCAUAACUUCCCUUUGUUUUGCCGAAUAUUGCUUGUCUUUGACUGUUAUUUUAUGCAACUGUUCAUUAAAAUGUUCUUUUGAUGUGAAAUUAAAUGAAGGGCAUUAGUAUAAAUUAGACGGAAGCAGUAACGUUAUACCUGUUGCUAUUUUCCAAAUAGUUUUUAUUUACCCAUUUGAUUUAGGUGAAGAAUUCAUCACUAUUUUAUACAUGUCAUAUAGUCUACUAUAUUGUGUAGUAGUUUACCACUGAUACUUCUGGUGUGAGUUGUUAUGUUUCUUAAUCAUUGAACAGCAAUUAUUUUAUAGAGUACAAUAUAUAAUUUUAUAUUAUUUUAAAUUGAGUAUAUCAUACAAGUUUUUUGGUAGAUGAUCAAGAACGUGUCUAUGUUAAAGCUUUGUAGAUGAUUUAUCUUAGUACUUAUUUUUCACAUAGUAACAUUUUCACAAGAGAGGUUUUACAGAUUGACAGAUUUACUUUCUGUUAAAGAUAGCAAAAAAAUAAAAGAAUGAUAGACUUGCAAAUGCCCAUGUGCUGUCACCUGCAAUCCAAGUGUAAGCCAGAAGAGUAGUUUGUGCAAAGCACCUUACCAAUAGCAAAUAUCCUGUUCCAUGAUGGCAUCCAACAUUUUUUACCAUAGUUUUGUUUAAAUUUAAAGAAACAAAAAAAUUCAUACUAAACCCCAUUUUACUACUAAUUUAAUGGUAUAAAGAAUCUCACUGUAUUCUCAAAGUAAGAAGGCAUGACCACUCACUCUCUUAUCCUACCUUAUCAUCGCUGUGCUAUUGAAUUCCCACUGCAAAAUAAUAGAUCUGAGUCUGUUCUACAUUUGUCAAAGCACUGAAAAGGAAAAAGAAUGCUUGGAGAGGAGAGGGUAGAAAUUACAGUGGUAGAGUGUACCAACAGGUGAGUAGAAUUGUGUUAGCCUGACAUGCGAGUUAUACUCUGUGCUGCCCGAGCAACACUUGCAGAAUCAAGUAUAGUCUACUUCCAAAGCUAUACUUUGGAAAUGAAUAGCUUUCUCCAAGAUAUCUCCAAGACACCUUUUCCUAAGAUAGCUAUUCAUUUCCAAAGUAUAUCUGAAUAUAUUGCAAAGUAUAUUUGAAAAUAUACAUUUUCAUGUAUAUUUGAAAUCGGAGUUAUUUUAGAUGCCUACAAGGUAUCAAUAUGGCCUUAACAAAUAUAGUGAAAUGCAAUUGCUGACUGAGUAAUUAUUUGGAAUAGACAUAAUCAGCUAAUAUUGAAUCAUCACUGAGCAGGUACUAUCUGUUGAACUUUUCAGAUCUUUGCUUUAUGAAGAUCUUAACCUUCCAAGUGAGCUAGAAAUAUUUAGAGACCUCCAUGAUUUAUGCAAAACUAUUUGCAAGCAAUAUUUCAGAGUGUCUGUUUUACAAUUUCCCUUCGAUACCAUCAUUAUCCAGUUGCAAAUGUAAAAAACAAAAUCUUAAUUUUAGGAAUUGUAAGUAAACUUAAGUAUAUAUAUAAACACUGUACAGUUAGUUUUAAAAAAUUACAUUUGUGUGGUUGUUAACCUUUUCCUAAGAUAGUGCCAUUGAAAUAGAUUGAAAUUAUCUUGGCAAAAGUUCAAACAACCAGAGAGAAGUUUAGUGGGCUGGUUUUCAAAUUCUGAGGCAUUGAAAAGCAAAAACAGUUGUUUUCGAUGACGAUGUAGCCUUGCUGUUGGAUUUAGGUUUCCAGUUUCUGGUUUAAGAGAAAUUUUUAGAACUAGGCCAGUAGAUGGCAGCAGCUUUUCAUUGCAUACAAAACCACUGGGAACCCCCUCCCCCACUCAGGCAGAAACCCGCCCACAAUGUAAAAGCAUUUGGAAGAUUUCUGCCUCCUUUUACAGUUAAUCCAGGAGAGGGAGUCCUUUGCCAACUGAUGACCAAGCCAGCCAGCUCUCUCUGAAUGGUGACAAUACAAAAAAAAGGUAUUACAGCUGUCCAGAGCUCCUCUGGCCUUUGUUCUUUUUUAACUUGAAUAUGAAUAGGACUUAAGAAAUGAAACAAAAGUGACAGGAAAAAUUAAUCAUUAUUUUAGAUUCAUGACUACUUCAUAUUCAUUUGAUGAAAUCAUUUAUAUACAACCAGGGAGAAAGUUUUCUUUACACCCUUGACAAUAUAUCACAGACUCUUCGAGAUCAUAAUAAUAUCAUUAAUGUGAAUUUAAACAACAUAGCUUGUUAAAAAAAUGCUAAUUGCUAUGUUCUCAUUAUGUUUAGCUUAGCUUUUAUUUGUUUUUCUAUGAACAGUUAGCUAAUUUUUUUCAAAGGUGAUUGUAAGUCAUAUUUUAUAUAGCAUUUUGCUUGAUUAUUUGCUCUGUACUGAAUUUGUACUCUAUUGCCAUUAGAUCUUACAAUAAUGUUCCACUCUGCAAAUUUUUAAGGUUCAAAUAAAGUUUAAUUGUUUGCAAA